UUUGCGCUUUUAGUGACCUGAAAAUCCCAUGACCCUGUCCAAUCCAAUCCCAAAUCCAUGGGCAGCUACUCCUCGGCCAAUCCAAUCCAAUCCAACAGUGCCACCAUUAUCUGCCCAUCGACCGUGCCAUGUCUGGGUGUUCCAUUCUUCAUGGUUGGCUUGCAACCCUGGCGUGCCCGUUGUUCCAGUGGUUCCCAUUGGUCUAAGUCUGGCCCUUCACCUCUCAGUCCAGCUUUCUGGGGCACAGACGAGCAGCUACCACAAAGGCCGACAACCUCGGAGAGCCAAAUCCUGGGAUAUCCUUACUUUGUCCAACAUGAUCCAGCUCUGUUGUAACUUAUAAUACCUAUAAAGAGCCUGUGGGUGUGUUUGGCUGGCUCCAUGUCGUUGCCCUUGUCCUCGGUGGCCUCGCUGGGCUUGACGAGCCAAGCGAGCCAAGCGAGUCAGCCUCAUCCCGCUUCUCGACAGUGUUGUCCUUCCCGAUGGCCGCCCUCAGUGUUGGAGGUGUUGUUCUCGUUGUUGGAUUUGAGCUCAUUACGUAAUUGUUCCUUGGUGUGCAAGCCUUGGAUGACCUUCCUCACGGAUGAGGACAAUGACGUGUGGCGGUUGCAUUGUGUGCGCCAAUUGGCGGCCGAAGCGCUCCAUUCUGAACUCCUGUCUUCCUUACCGACUUACAAGGCUAAACUGCGGGCCUUUUACCAUGCUUGGAACCCUGAAGACUGCUCCAGAAAUAUCUAUGUCAAAUCCAACGGUUUCACCCUCCAUCGGAAUCCAGUGGCCCAAAGCACCGACGGUGCCCGGGGUAAAUUCGGGUUCGUCCGCGGGCGUCACGCGUGGGAAAUCAUCUGGGAAGGCCCUUUGGGUACAGUGGCCGUGAUUGGGAUCGCCACGCAAGAGGCGCCCAACCAAUGUCACGGCUAUGUGGCCUUACUCGGCUCCAAUGAUCAGAGUUGGGGUUGGAAUUUGGUUGAUAACCAUCUACUUCACAAUGGAGACUCUCAAGGGAACUAUCCCCAGCUCAACAAUGCUCCCAAAUAUCAAGUUGGCGAACGGAUACGCGUUAUACUCGACUGUGAUGACAAUACCUUAGCAUUUGAGAGGAACUAUGAAUUUUUGGGAGUUGCAUUUAGAGGCUUGCCAGAUAAACGGUUAUACCCUUCAGUAUCGGCUGUCUACGGGAACACGGAGGUUUCCAUGGUCUAUUUGGGUGCUCCUCUGGAUGGCUAGCAAUCAAGGUUGAACCUCUCCACCAUUCCGAUGAACUCUCCCGUGAAGUCUUCUAGCCAAUUGCCUGCCAAAGGAUCGCUUGUUUUUCGUCUGGAAAUGUCACGAGUGUAAAGGGAAAAGUCCAGCAUGAUGAUGAAUGUUGGACAACCUCCAAUCUCGCGGGAUAAGUCAUUUUUAUGCAUCCUCUUCUAUCCUAUCUACUCCAGCUAGGAGUACAUAAAACUACCUGACAAAAAUGGAAGACGAACAAAAAUGUAUCUGCCAUACUCCACCUCCCUCCCCCCCUUUUGUGUUCCCGCCCCUGUUUUCAAUCCCAUUGUCAACCACGAUUUACAUUCCAAAGCAGCUCCUUUGAAAGUGACCAACCAUCACAUGAAUCGAACUUAUCUUUUCAACUUGAGCAGAGAAGAUUUGAGUUGUCAAAGCAAUAACACAGCAACGGUACACACCCACUCCCCUCCGUUUCUUUUCAAAGUCUCGAAAGCCCGAUUCGUCGGAGAGAUCACCCCGAUCUGACCUUUUCGGAAGAAUGGAAGUUGGCCAAAACCUUCCGCGCAUCUACGUAGAAUAUUUUCACAAUUUUGCGCAAUUUGGAACCGCAUCAAGUGUUCCUUUUUCACUUGAAUCAAGUGCGCAUUAUUACUAUAAUUAUUCUAAUUAUCAUACUGACGACCAACGUAAAAGUGAUGAUGAGUAAUCUGAGCACAACUCGGUGGCUGCUCAUCCACAUAUCCUGAUCUGUUUCAAAAAAUAAUAAAACCAUCUACGCCAUA